CACUUGCCACUCUACACCUACUACUACUAUACUCGCCUUUUAAAUCCAACAUGGUCAAGAACCAAGCAGCUUGGAUCACUGCCGGCAAGGCUAAGCCCCUCAAGGUCGACGAGGCGCCUGAACCGAAGGCGGAGGCGGGGGAGGUCGUCAUAAAGAAUCAGGCUGUGGCCGUCAACCCUGUUGAUUGGAAGGUUCAGGACUACGACUUCGUCAUCAAAUCUUAUCCCAACAUCCUUGGAACAGACGUUGCCGGUAUCAUUGAAGAGGUGGGAGAAGGUGUCACUCGCCUACACAAGGGUCAACGUGUCAUCGGCCAUUGCCACGGACUAGGUACUGGCGAAACAAAGCACGCUGCAUUCCAACAAUACACCGUCUGUGCCGAGAUCCUCGUGUCACCGAUCCCGGAUUCCCUGAGCUUCGGCCAAGCCGUUGUACUUCCUCUCGCUAUUUCAACCGCUGCUGCCGGCUUGUAUCAGAAGCCGCACCUUGCCCUCCCAUACCCGUCAAAGGAUGCGAAACCAACGGGCAAGUCGAUCCUCGUUUGGGGUGGCGCCUCGUCUGUCGGUGGCACUGCGGUGCAGCUUGCUGCAGCUUCUGGCGUACAAGUCGUGGCUACCGCUUCAAGCCGCAAUCACGAUUAUGUGAAGUCGCUAGGCGCGAGCAAAGUCAUCGACUAUAACUCCCCCAGCGUGGAGGACGAUGUCGUAGCCGCCUUGAAAGAGGGUGAUUUUGCCGGUGUUUACGACUCUAUCUCUACUCCGGACACUUUCAAGCAUAUCGGCACAAUCGUUGACAAGCUGGGUGGCGGAAAGAUAGCCUGCGUGCUUACUCCUCCGGAUGAUUUGCCUAAGAGCGCACAGGCACAGGGCGUUUUCGCUAUCACCAUUGCGUCUGAACACAAAGAAGUGGGUAACGCUAUAUGGCGUGAAUAUGUCCCUGAAGCUCUGGCAAGUGGCCGUUUACAGGCAAAGCCCGACCCGCUUGUUGUAGGCUCUGGCUUGGAGAAAAUUCAAGACGGUUUGGACAAGCAGAAAGCUGGUGUCUCAGCGAAGAAGGUCGUCAUUACCUUGUAGUAAAUUACUAGCUACUGAAGCAAGUGGGAAAGACAAACAUAACAAUUUGUUAUUCCUCUAAGAACCGUCUGGUACUACUUGCAAACAAAAUGGAAUACGCAAAGACAGGCUAGUGGAUGACAUCAACGAACCUAG